AUAACAGGCGCACAUCUUGACUCCACUAAGGAGGGAUUUCCAACACAAUUUUCCCUUAAUACCAAACUUUAAAAGAGGAAAAAUGAACUUCUUUUUUUUCCCUUAAUACCAAACUUUCAAAGUUGUUUUAAUUUGAUAUGCUUUUCAAAUCAAAAGGCCGAGGCCUAAGACGGGAGUGUAAGCGUUCGACGAGUAUUAAUACCGACUCAAAAAAGUUCAUACUCUUUGAAGUCCCAAAAGAGAAAAAUAAUUGCAAGUCAAGGAAUUCUGAGAAAGUUGAAGAAGAAGAAGAGAGAACCAAAUCACAAUGGAAGUGUAUAGCGUUGAGAGAAAGAUUAAGUAUUACAGCAGCUAUCAGAAGAUACUCUUAGUGGGAGAAGGAGACUUCUCUUUUGCUGUUUGCUUAGCCAGAGCUUUUGGAUCAGCUGUCAACAUGGUUGCGACUUCUCUCGACUCCAGAGAGUCUUUGAUGCUGAAGUAUUCAGAAGCUAUGAGCAAUGUGAAGGAAUUAGAGGCCAGGGGAUGCAUAAUAUUGCAUGAGGUGGAUGUCCACAGCAUGAGCCGACACCCUUUGUUGAUUAGCGUACGCUUUGAUCACAUAAUCUAUAAUUUUCCUCACGCCGGUUACUUGCAUGGUCCCUUUUCUUCUGAACACAACAGGUUCCAAAUUUGGUUUCAUCAGGAUUUGAUCAGGGGAUUCCUCCAGAAUGCAAGCGAAAUGCUGACCGCGAUAGGAGAAAUUCAUGUGACACACAAGACAACAUUUCCUUUCAGUGAAUGGAAAAUAGUGGAGUUAGCACAAAAGGUUGGGUUAUAUCUGGUUCAUGAAGAACAGUUCUCGUUAUGGGAUUAUCCAGGUUAUGAAAAUAUGAGAGGAUCUGGGAUGUGUGAUCAAACUUUUCCUGUUGGAAUGUGUAGCACCUUUAAAUUUGCCAAGCUGUUGUGCCAUUCUACCACUUCUGGUUUCCACCUUGGCAUUACUACUUUGGGUCCAUGGUCUGGAUAUUCUGGAAUUAAUGGUCCUCACAUGCAACGGCCAUUUUGCAUAUGAAGUGAUCUCUACUGCUGGUGAGGAAUAGUAUCAAUAUCUUUUUUGUUUGAUAGGCAUGGGGUUUUUCAUUCAAGCAUGAGUCCCCUUGUUUCUAUGCCUAAAACUUUUCCCGUUGGAAAGUGCAGCACCUUCAAAUUUUCCAAGCAGUUGUACCGUUCUACUGCUUCCAGUUUCCUCCUUCGAGUACAGAGGUAUUUAGAUCAACAUUGACAUGCUUUGUUUACUCAAACUCAGAGUGUUUAUUUUCCAAGCAGUAGUGUUUGGUGAAAGAAAUGAAGAUUAAGCAUUACAGCAGCUUUCAGAAGAUACUCUUAGUGCGAUAAGGAGACUUCUCUUUUGCACUUUGCUUAGCCAGACAAUCUGGCUCUGCUAGGAACAUUGUUGCAACUUCUCUUGACUCCGGAGGUAUUUUGAUCAACAUUGACAUGUCUCAACAUACAUUACCAUUGUUUGCAUGUCAACUACUUUGUUUGGAUUAUCUGAAUAUAGCUAAAUCUAGGGUGCAUCUUCAGCUAGAAAGUAGGCCUAUCAAGUUUUAUAUUCGCAAUGAAAUGUGCAAAGGUUCGUGGAAGUUCCAGAAUGAAUUAUACACACUUUCAUUUUCAUAUGUAUGGUUUUUUAACUUUUAAACCAUUCCAUGCAAUAUGUAAACGCAGUAUUCAAUUGAGUAAUAGAGAUUUAAAAUGU